AUGCUAGUCAUGGGAGAGACGCCCGCAGCAGUUACUACUCCUCAACUAUCACAGCUGGUUGUGACAGUUUCCUCUGCCAGGCUGUCAACUCCAGGUGGUCUGUUUUCAUCAAAACCUGACCCGUAUUUGGAGCUGAGCGUAGAUGGGCAGCCGCCUCGCAAAACUGAUGUGUGCCGCAAAACCCUUAACCCAAAAUGGGAUGAACAUUUCACAAUACUUGUUACCCCGUAUUCGAAACUGGACUUGAAAGUUCUCAGUUCCAACAGUUUACGAACAGACUCCAUCAUUGGGCAUUCUGUGAUAGAGUUGUAUCCAAUUUUAGAGAAGGAAAAUGGGAAGUUGAAAAACUAUACUUUGACCGUGGAGUUGAAAGCGGAGGGGAGGAAUAAAGCUGGGGAUUUAACACUGAUUCUUGAUGGGCUGGAUGUUAACAUGAGACAGUAUCCGAGAAGACAGCAAAAUGGUCCAAGGCAAGCAAAUGGGUUAUCAACAACCGCAUCUCCUAAUGUGUCCCCUUCAUCACCAUUGUCUGAGACUUCUCUGACACCACAGUCUCAGAAUGGUAGGCCAGCUCCAAACCCUCGAAGACCAGCUCCCAGAGCUCCAGGAGCUCCAAAUGCUUUACGAAGAACCCCACCUCCAUUGCCACCACCUCCAAUCAAUGCCAGCUCCACCACACCAGCUGCCCCAAGCACUGCACCUCCUCCAAGACCCAGUGAUGCCACAAACUCUGGUGUGGCAACCAUCGCACCCGGAACAACAGCCCAGGUGGAUGCUCCUCUUGAACCUUUGCCACCAGGGUGGGAAAUGAGAACAGAUCCCCUCGGAAGAACUUACUAUGUUGACCAUAAUACAAGGACCACCUCGUGGGAGAGACCACAACCGUUACCUCCUGGGUGGGAAAGACGAGUGGAUGACCGUGGCCGUGUCUACUAUGUGGACCACAAUACCCGAACUACUACCUGGCAACGUCCAAACACAGAGUCGUUAAACAACUAUGCCAACUGGCAGGAGUGGCGGGGCAACCGGACUUUGGAACAGUUUGGACAACGAUUUUUAUAUCCCCAACAACAAAGCCAGGCGCAGGAGAAUGAUCCAAAUGGGCCACUACCUGCAGGCUGGGAGAGAAGAGUAGACAGCAACAACAGAGUGUACUUUGUAAACCACAGUAACCGUACAACACAGUGGGAGGACCCCAGAACCCAAGGGAUUAUGCAAGAGGAUCCACUCCCUGAGGGUUGGGAAAUGAGGUACACAGCUGAAGGAGUCAGAUAUUUUGUUGACCAUAAUACGAGAACAACUACAUUCCAAGACCCUCGAGGAGGACCACAGAAAGGGCCGAAAGGGGCGUAUGGCGUACCGAUACAAUAUGAACGAAGUUUUCGGUGGAAGUUGGGUCAGUUUCGAUAUCUGUGCCAUUCAAAUUCCCUCCCCGGUCAUGUGAAGAUAACAGUGUCUCGAGAUAACUUGUUUGAAGAUUCUUUUGCUCAGAUCAUGCGGUUACAGCCCUUUGACUUGAGGAGAAGACUGUAUAUAAUUUUCAAAGGGGAGGAAGGUCUAGACUACGGCGGCCUGGCAAGGGAGUGGUUCUUUCAUGUUUCCCACGAGGUCCUCAACCCCAUGUACUGUCUGUUUGAGUAUGCCAGCACCAACAACUACAGUCUGCAGAUUAACCCAGCCUCCAGUAUCAAUCCUGACCACCUGCAGUACUUCAAGUUCAUUGGACGGUUUAUUGCUAUGGCGCUGUACCAUGGCAAGUUUAUCGACAGUGGUUUCACACUUCCUUUCUACAAGAGGAUGUUGAACAAGAAGCUGGUCAUCAAAGAUCUAGAGUCUAUCGAUCCUGAAUAUUACCAGUCUUUGUUGUGGAUCAAAGAGAACAACAUUGAUGAAUGUGGUUUGGAGCUGUUUUUCUGUGCUGACUUUGAAGUCUUGGGCAAGGUUGAGCAACAUGAGUUGAAGCCUGGAGGUAGUGAGAUCAGAGUCACAGAAGAAAACAAGGAAGAGUACAUCAACUUGAUGACAAACUGGCGAUUUACAAGAGGAGUAGAAGAACAGACAAAGGCUUUUCUGGAAGGGUUUAAUGAAGUUGUGCCUUUACAGUGGCUGCAGUACUUUGAUGAAAGGGAACUGGAGCUGAUGUUGUGUGGUAUGCAAGAAAUUGAUGUCGACGACUGGGAAAGAAACACCAUUUACAGACAUUAUCAGCGCAGCAGCAAGCAGGUUGUGUGGUUUUGGAAGAUGGUGAGAGAGAUAGACAAUGAGAAACGAACCAGGUUGCUGCAGUUUGUUACAGGCACAUGCCGCCUGCCAGUGGGUGGAUUUGCUGAACUCAUGGGGAGCAACGGGCCUCAGAGAUUCUGUAUUGAGAAAGUUGGUAAAGAAACAUGGCUGCCCCGCUCCCACACCUGUUUCAACCGGUUAGAUCUGCCACCAUAUCGCAGUUACGAGCAACUGGUGGAGAAACUUAACUAUGCCAUUGAGGAGACGGAGGGAUUUGGACAAGAGUAA